AUGAAACAGUUUAUACUCUUUAUUUGUCUUCUUGUUGUUUUCCCAUGUUCAAUAACAGCAAGAGAUCCAACUCAAAGAGCUCUUAUGAAACAUUUAGCUCAAGCAGCGAAUAAACGUGGUUUAAUUUCAAAUGAAACAUUUAUUAGUACAAUGUUUCAAACAUUUCGAAGUCAUCAUCCUCGUCGAUAUCGAGCAUUGGAUAAUGAAACAGAACGUUAUCAGAUCUUUCAAAACAGACUUAAAGCAGCAAUUGAAAGUACUAUUGAAACAAAUCUUACAUUUACAUAUGGUCUUAAUAAAUAUUCUGAUUGGCCACCACAUGAAUUACAAGUUCUUCGUGGUACUCGUCCACCACCACCGACAACAGAAACUCAUUAUAUUACGAUGACUUUUUCUCGAACGAAACAAACCAAAUCAUCAAAUAAAAAGCAGCGUAAGGAGCCAUCACAAUCAUCGACAACAACACCUGCUACAUUAACUUCUACAACAUCUGCUACAUUUACUACUACAACACCUGCUACAGAUGUUUAUACAGUACCUGAUACAUUUGAUUAUACAACACGAGUAUCAGCAUUAAAUACUAAUGUAUCAAUUAUAAGACCAAUUAGAGAUCAAGGAUAUUGUGGAAGUUGUUAUGCAUUUGCUAUAAUUACCUUAUUCGAAGCUCAAUAUGCAUUUCAUUAUGGACAAGCAGCUAAUAUGAGUGAUCAACAAAUUAUUGAUUGUUCAACAGGUGAUUAUGGAUGUCGUGGUGGUUAUUUUGAUAAAUCAUUUGCUUAUGUACAAGGUUAUAAUUGGUAUCUAAAUAGUGCUUUAAAGUAUCCUUAUAGAGCUAAUGCUUCCACUUGUGCAGCUAAAACAACUGAUGGAUGGUCCGUUGGUAAUUCAGUUUAUCGUCAUAUAACACCAAAAAAUGUAACAGAUAUGCAAGAAGCACUUGUUACUUAUGGUCUUUUAUGGAUAAGUUUAUAUGUCGGUUCAGACUGUUCUGGUUCUGCAAAAUCAAAUUGUCCAGUAGACCCAACUGCUGCAAGCAAAAUUAUGGCUAAAUUUCAAGGUUAUACAAGUGGUGUUUUUAAAAUAGAUGGAUGUAUAACGUCAGCAUCUAAUAAUAAUCAUGCUAUGGUUAUUGUGGGAUAUGGACAUGAUUUAGAACUUGGCUUAGAUUAUUGGAAAUUACGUAACUCAUGGGGUGCUGAAUGGGGAGAAGAUGGUUACGUUAGAAUACAACGUGGAGUCAACAUGUGUAAUGUUGAAUCAGAUGCUUUUUUCAUUGCUAAACCAGCACCAUAG